AUGGAUCAGGCCUAUGUGCGGUCGACCGCCGAGGUCUUGCAACAUUUCAAAGUUAGUGAAGAAGCCGGUCUGUCCUCUGUGCAAGUUGCAGAAGCGAGGAGAAGAUAUGGAAGCAAUUCACUCCCCGAAGAUCCUCCGACACCGCUUUGGCAACUGGUACUGGAACAGUUCAAAGACCAGUUGGUUCUGAUAUUACUUGGUUCGGCGGCCAUAUCGUUUGUGCUGGCCUUGUUUGAAGAGUCCGAAGACUGGACCGCAUUCGUGGACCCAGUAGUGAUCCUGACGAUCCUCAUUUUGAACGCAGUUGUUGGCGUCACUCAGGAAAGCAGCGCGGAAAAGGCAAUUGCAGCCCUGCAAGAAUACUCUGCAAAUGAAGCGAAGGUUGUUCGAGAUGGAAAAGUCCAAAAGGUCAAGGCAGAAGAGCUGGUUCCGGGAGACAUUGUAACGGUUUCGAUUGGAGACCGGAUUCCAGCCGACUGUCGGUUACUGUCCAUACAGAGCAACACAUUCAGAGUCGAUCAAGCUAUUUUGACUGGCGAGAGCGAAAGCGUCAGCAAAGACUGCAAGCCUGUCAACGAUCCGCAAGCUGUGAAGCAAGACCAGGUUAAUAUGCUUUUCUCUGGAACGACUGUGGUCACCGGGCAUGCUGUUGCAAUUGUUGUUCUGACUGGCAGUUCUACUGCGAUCGGUGAUAUCCACGAAAGCAUCACAUCCCAGAUCUCGGAUCCUACGCCGCUCAAGGAAAAACUGAACGACUUUGGGGAUAGCCUUGCCAAAGUCAUCACCGUCAUCUGUAUUCUGGUCUGGCUCAUCAAUAUCCAGCAUUUCAACGACCCAUCGCACGGUGGUAGCUGGGCUAAGGGCGCCAUAUAUUACUUGAAGAUCGCCGUGUCAUUGGGCGUCGCCGCCAUCCCAGAAGGUCUCGCCGUAGUCAUUACGACAUGUCUCGCCUUAGGAACCAGGAGGAUGGCAGCAAAGAAUGCCAUCGUCAGGAGCCUGCCGUCUGUUGAGACAUUGGGAAGCUGCAGCGUUAUCUGCUCCGACAAGACGGGUACUCUGACCACAAAUCAGAUGAGCGUUGAAAAGAUUGUCUACCUCAACGAAUCUGGCACUGAUCUGGAAGAAGUGGAGGUCAAAGGGACCACCUUCGCUCCCGUCGGGGACCUUCUCUACCAGGGCAAAAAACUCGAACAUCCUGCUGCAAGCUCGAAUACCUUGAAGCAGAUGUCGGAAGUCCUCGCCCUAUGCAAUGAAUCUCGCCUAGCAUAUGACGCCAAAACCAACACAUUUUCGAGCAUCGGCGAGCCUACAGAGGGAGCCCUUCGAGUCCUCGUUGAAAAGAUUGGCACGGACGACAUAUCAACCAACAACGCUAUGAGGAAUCUCUCCGGAGCUGAGCGGGUGCAUUUUGCCAGCAAAUACUACGAGGAGAAACUGCCGUUGCAGGCUAUGUACGAGUUCUCCAGAGACCGGAAGAGCAUGUCUGUGUUAGCCGGUACCGGCGAGGGGCAGAAGCUGCUUGUCAAGGGUGCACCUGAGUCCGUUCUUGAGAGAUGUUCUCACAUAGUGCUUGGCUCAAACGGAAAGAAAGUCCCUAUGACGAAAAAGCACUUGGCUCUCCUCGGGGAGGAAGUGGUCGGUUACGGGCGGAAGGGGCUUCGAGUUCUUGCUUUGGCGAGUGUGGAGAAUAUCAACGGCAACGCACUACUUGGAAAAGCCGAAAGCACAAAGGAAUAUGCUCAGCUCGAGCAAGGAAUGACUCUGAUCGGUCUUGUCGGUAUGCUGGACCCACCUCGUCCUGAAGUCGCAGCCUCCAUCCGGAAAUGUCGAGACGCUGGAAUCAGAGUCAUUGUUAUUACUGGCGACAACCAGAACACCGCCGAGACCAUCUGCAAACAAAUCGGGGUGUUCGGGCAGGACGAAGACUUGACCGGAAAGAGCUUUACUGGCCGAGAGUUCGACGCGCUGAACGAUAGCGAAAAGGUCCAGGCCGUCAAGAGAGCGUCUCUGUUUUCCCGUGUCGAGCCCACGCACAAGUCCAAGUUGGUGGACCUGUUGCAAGCCGCCAAUGAAGUGGUGGCCAUGACAGGCGAUGGUGUCAACGAUGCUCCUGCACUGAAGAAGGCCGAUAUAGGAGUUGCUAUGGGCUCCGGCACCGACGUUGCCAAACUGGCCGCUGACAUGGUUCUUGCCGAUGACAACUUUGCCACAAUUGAGAUUGCCAUCGAAGAGGGCCGCACCAUCUACAGCAACACCCAACAAUUCAUCCGCUACCUCAUCUCAUCUAACAUCGGCGAGGUGGUGUCCAUUUUCCUGACGGCGGCACUCGGUCUGCCUGAAGCACUGAUCCCUGUCCAACUGUUGUGGGUGAACCUGGUGACUGAUGGUCUCCCAGCCACUGCACUCUCAUUCAAUCCAGCGGAUAAUGAUGUGAUGCGACGGACACCUCGAAAGCGCGACGAACCUCUGGUCAGCGGAUGGCUCUUCUUCCGAUACAUGGUCGUCGGCACGUACGUCGGCGCCGCCACAGUCUUUGGCUAUGUGUGGUGGUUCAUGCUCUAUGAAGCCGGUCCCCAGAUCACAUUCAGCCAGUUGCGCAACUUCCACCAAUGCUCGACUCUGAACCCACUCUACGCCAACCUGGACUGCUCGGUGUUUGCGCCCACCUCCAUCUAUACGCGCACAGCCUCGACCAUGUCGCUCUCGAUUCUGGUAGUCAUCGAAAUGUUCAACGCCAUGAACGCCCUGUCCUCCUCGGAGUCGCUUGUCACCAUGCCACUCUGGAAGAACAUGAAGCUGAUCUACGCCAUCUGCCUGUCUAUGGUGCUUCAUUUCGCCAUUCUCUACACUCCAUUCCUCCAGGCCUUGUUCUCCAUCGAACCACUCAAUUACACCGAGUGGAUGGCCGUGCUGUGCAUUUCGGCACCGGUUAUCCUGAUUGAUGAAGUGCUGAAGUUCGUGGAACGGUUGGUCUUCUUGAGUACCACACAGGCACCUCGUACAGCGGUCCAGAGCAAGGGGGAGGGGAACGGGCACGUUGCCAAUGGAAAGGUCAAGGCGAGUUGA